GCCCCCGUCAGCAUUGCCUUUCACUGUCUCGCGGACGACGAACGUGCGUUUUUUUGACGUGACGUCGGAAAGGGUAGCUAAGCGUGGUUGACGGCUGUGACCGCGAGAUACGAAGAUCGGUUUGGCGGCGGCCCCCAUUUCGCAUCUGGGCGGCCGUUAGCGCGCUCGUGUUAAAGCAAUUAGUGUGUGCUGUGUGCUGUGUGUGUGUGUGUGUGUGUGUGUGUGAUUGUGUGUAGGCAGUGUGUGGGUGACGUGCUGUGUGCGGCAGAAUCGUGCAUUGAACUCCAAUCACCAACAAACUCUUUCAAGAUGAACUUUCAGCGAUCAACUACGAUCACGAGCACGGUCACGCGCAUCCCGGAAGCGGAAUACGUGAACCCGUUCGUGCUCAAGCUAGAUCUGGACGAUCCUUGGGAAAGGAGAAAGACAUAUCUGAUGACGUUGCUGGUGCUACCGAUACGGGUCGUGCUGAUGGGCCUGUGCCUGCUGGUGGCGUGGGCCUUCGCCUCCAUCGGGCUGUACGGGCUGACCGAGAAGGAGCGCCGCUCGGUACCGAUUGCUGGCUGGCGACGUGAAAUGCGCGAGCUGACCGCAGUGGCCAUGCGGAUGGUUUACUUCUUCGGCUCGUUCCACCGGAUCCGGGUAAAUGGCGUGUGUGCGUCGCCUCGCGAAGCGCCAAUCGUGGUCGUCGGCCCGCACUACAGUCUGUUUGACGGGAUCGUGGUUGCGUACUGCGGUCCCUCGACUGUCGUCGCGAAAAGUAAAGCUGCUGAUCUACCCAUCAUUGGCAAAAUUAUCGACAUCACGCAGCCGAUCUACGUGUGCCGGGAGGAUCCGAACUCGCGCCACAUCACGCGCCAUCUCAUCAUCGAGCGGGUCAUCUCGAAGGAGGACUGGCCCCAGAUACUGAUCUUCCCCGAGGGUACCUGCAGCAAUGGGCACGCGGUGGUACAGUUUAAACCGGGUGCGUUCGGACCGGGCCUGCCGGUGCAGCCGGUGGCGAUACGCUACCCCAACCGGACGAACACGGUGUCGUGGACGUGGGAGGGUCCGGGCGUACCGGUACUGCUCUGGCGUACGCUGACCGCCCUGCACACCGGGCUGGAGAUUAACUUCCUGCCGGUGUACUAUCCGAACGAGCAGGAGCGCAACGAUGCGAAGCUGUACGCGCUGAACGUUCGGAACUACAUUGCGCAGUCGCUCGGCAUUCCCGGGACCGAGCACGGGUACAACGAUUGCAAGCUGAUGAACUACAUGAUCGCCAUCGGGAUGCCCUACUUUGCCUGGAGCCAUGACAUUGCGAAGAUGCGCCGUUGGUUAGGACUGGCUGACGGCAAGCGGGAACAGGAGCUGGUAGAGCAGUAUGCUCCAUUCACGGACCGGAACGCAUUCGUCACGCUGGAAGAAUUUGCCGAACGCUUGAACGUCUCGGUGGAUAAUGAUUCGACGAGGAUUUUGUUCAAAAUUUUCAACAAGGAUAAGGACAGCGCAGGAGUAAUUGACUUCAGGCAGUACUUGCUGCUAGCACUCUUCCUGUCCACCUUGGGCAAACCAAAGCUCGACUUGAUGAAGCUUCUGUUUAAGCUGUACAGUGAGGAGCGUGAUCUGAUCGGAAGCGACGGUCUUUACCAGGCAGUUAAGCAUCUAGCGUCUGUUACGCCGGCGGAGUGCAAUCAGCUGUUUGCGGAGGCAGACACCAGCCAGCGGGGAGUCAUCUCCUUCGAGCAAUUUGAGCGCACCAUCAACUGCCACUCAGUGCUGAACGAACUGCAGGAGCUGAACGAACCGAAACCGUACGCAGCACCGCAGCAACAGUCGGCGCCACAGACCAGCUAGAGUUAGUUAGGCGAUAGGAGCGGUAGAAGCAGGAGGGGAAGGAGUAGCAAGAGUAUUUUUGUUUACCAACAGCUGUACACCGCUGUACCAGCCGUGUCUUGCCACCAACAAACCAACCAUCCAACCAACCGACCCGCGGUCUUAGUCGUGCCGCUGCACAUCACACUCCUCGAUGCGGCACACGAGCGGUACGUCGCUCGGGUGGGGCAGAUGGCGCGGCGCAUGAUCCAGCCGGAAAUCGUCCACCAGCUGGCGGCGGUACCGGUGCCACAGCAGCUCGGUGAGAAACCAGCGAAACAGCCGAUCGCGGGACGGUUGCCGCUGCUCGAGAAAGCACCGAACGCGGUUCCAGAUGUUGCCCCGGUUCUGCGGCUUCUCCAGCAGCCAGUAGCGCGGUAUCAGCAGACACUGGACGGGGGUGCGCGCGUACACCGCCCGGUCGACCAUGUGCUCGCCGAUGCCGAACACGGAGCCGCGGCUGUACGUCGCAAUGUCGACGAAAUGGUACUCGAUCCGGUCCCGGCCAGUCGGCGGUGGCGGUCUGCUCGGUCUGCGAAAGUUUAACAAGGGGAGGGAACGUAAUAUUAUUUAGAGUUAAAGAGAGUAGGGUUAAAGUGAAUACACAUUACAGUUGUAAUGGAAUAGCCGUUUGUACAACGAUUGAAUUCGCUUGGGUGGGUGCGAAAGGUUUUAAUCAAUAGUAGUAAGCGUAGCAGAGAUUGGGAGUCAUAUUAUUUUGUUAGUAAGAAACAUUUACGAUACUUUACAUACACAGUACUGCCAUUACAGAGAUGGCAAUUGAUGUAACUGGGUUUUUGUUGUUUUGGUAAUCAGGGUCACUUCACACUUAUAUAAUAUCGACAGCCAAUUAUUGUGUAUAUUGCUUGUAACUAGCUAUUCUACCAGUUACUAUUUCUCUUUUGCUCUUUUGCUAUUGUUUACUCAUCAACAAAAUUUUGAAUUUCUCUUUUUACUACAAUUUGCCAUCUCACUGUGAGCAGUCUUUUACCGUAUGUACUUAUCGAUAGAGGGGGUAACUGUAAAGCUUAGUUCUUACACGCGGCUCUAUGUAUUUAUCUCAGCGUAAGGGCUACAGCGCUACAGCUCGCUUAGCUUUUAGGUCGCGUCUUGUGCGUCUUGUUGCACACUCAAACCCAACUGUAACGAUUAAACUGAAUAGCCGAUAGUGA